UUUCAAAAUAAGUGUCCCGUUCCAGCGGCUGCGGUCAAGCUAGCACUAGAAAAAACACAGUGCGCAAUAUUCCAAGUGUUCCGCAGUGCGAGUCUGUUUCAGGAAUUACGGCCUCCGCUGCUGAGUAUGCAGGGAGGGACAUCACAUUCGCUGACAUGGAGAUUCACAUGAUCCCAAAGAGGAGGGGAUGGGAAGCCGGAGUACGUGGGAAUUGCGAUCAGUAGCAUUGAAGGCCUGAACAACGUAGACUGGAUGGAAAGCUGCGAGGGCCCGUCCUUCUCCCUCCACACACCCAGAUACAUCAGCUGGUGCGUAGACUCCCCCGUACCUGCGACCACAGUCGCUCCAGAAGAACAUUUAAGCCACAACCGGCAGCCGGCCGGUUCAGGAUCAGUUCCGCUUCUCCUCCUGUCGCCACCGGAAACCGACGCCACGUUCUCCCGUCAACGACCGCAGGCGGCGUUCACAGAGCGGAGUGGCGGGGGCGAGGAUAAUGAUGAUGAUGAUGAUGAUGGCAACGAGGAGGGAACACAGUGGAGCAAAGAGGAGGUGGAGGAAAAAACCUUCUUCCUUCCCAGGAGCAGUCCGGUUAUCUCCAGACGCCACAGGCCCGUCUCGUGGCACGGAGAGGACACCGGCAUGUCGGCCCCGUCCAGAUGCGUGAUUUCCUCUAGCUUGGACUCCCCGACUCCUGCUCCCGUUUCGCCGACCGUCCCCAGCACGUCCGCUGGACAGCGGGCCAAGAAGCCGCUCUGCCCGCCUGCCUCCUCGCAGCUCAACCGCCUGCUGGGCCCCUGGGCCCGCCGGCCUUUUGGCGGGCAGCAGGGAUUGGCUGAGGGGGACGAGGGCCGGGGGCCGACCGGCUGUGAUGCCUCGGACUCAUCGGUCCCUUCAACCUCAGCAGAUCAUAGCAAAGAGAAAAGGUGCAGCCGCAUCCCAGAAGUCCCUGCAGACAUCUUUAAGACCAGUUGUGAUCUGGAAAAGGAGAACGCUCAUUUCGUCGUGGUGGACUUGAUGCUGGAGGUGCUGGAGGGGGUCAAAUGGACCCUGAGCUGCGAUCGACGGACCUCCACGACGGACGGGCGACAACACGCGCACGGCAACACGUGCACGCACAGAGACGCGCCGCCGCGGGGCCACAGGCAGCGGUGUGAGGCAAGCAGACGCACACGGACCUGCAGGGCUGCCGAAGAGGACGCAGAGCAUCACGAGGAUGAACAUACGCCAAAGACUUUCUCCAUCCUCUCCUCGGACAGUGGCAUCGAAGUUUCAGAGUGUGGAGACGACAACACGCCGACACAGACGGAGUCUCUCAGAAAUGCGGAGUCGCUGGCCCAGAAGCUGGUGCUGGAGUUCAGGAGGAGCUGGCUUCCUUCCUGUGAGCCUCGCCGUGGACGGCAAAGCCUCCGCAGCUCGCUGCAGGAAUUGCCAGAUGGCGGAGGUGUGGCGGUGAGCAGCCUGGCAGAGGAGAUCCGACUGAGGACCAGGAUGAGAGGAUCCCAGAGCUGGGCCCCGCCACGCUUCCAGAUCAUCUUCACGGUUCAGCCCACCAACCGGCGCAGUGACGUUGUGGCUCUGCAGCACUUCCUGUGCGCCGGCUGUGGGACAAAAGCGGAGCCACGGUACAUCAAGAAACUGCGGUAUUGUGAAUAUCUUGGCAGAUAUUUCUGUGACUGCUGCCACGGCGGCUCUGAAGCCGUGAUUCCCGGGCGACUUUUGUCCUGCUGGGACUUUGGACGAUACCCUGUGAGUGAUUUCUCCAAACAGCUGCUGGACUCCGUUUGGCAUCAGCCUCUGUUCGACCUGACACGCGUCGGAAAGACGCUCUACAGCAAAGUGAAGGAGCUGGACAAGUUCAGGGAGCUGCAGGGACAUCUGAUGAGCCUCAAGAAGCUGCUGUCAACCUGCAGGUUAUCUGAACGGGUGACGGCUAAGUUGGAGCGGCUUCCAGCUCACCUGAUGGAGCAGCCUCACCUCUUCUCCAUGGAUGACCUCUCCAGGGUGAAGAAGGGUCAGCUUGUGGCGCAGACCAGAGCGCUGCUGCUCACCGCCAUCGACCACGUCCGGAGCUGUGAGCUGUGUCUGGCCCGAGGGUUUAUCUGUGAGUUCUGCAGAGAAAGAGACGUCCUCUUUCCUUUUCAGGCGGACAUAUGUAGGCAAUGCCCAGUGUGCAAGACGUGCUUCCACAAACACUGCUUUGUGCUACAGAAGUGUCCGAAAUGUGCACGGAUCCAAUCACGGAAAAAAGUUGGUACAGAGGGAUCCACGAAGUGACAUCGCAGCACAAACCGUCAGCUGCAUGACGUCUGCCACAGUUUCUCUUAAAUUGAACAAAGGGAUUAUUUACUCAUCCCCCCCUAAGCACAUAAGAGUAUCUUAGUUUCUAUAUUCAGGGAUUACAAAAUCGCAAUGUCUGGAUCCAUGGCAUAUUUCCUGUGGAAAUAAACUAUCAUGAGUUUCAAAA